ACGGUAUUAAAGGCGUCGCCCCGCCCCUUGCCUUCCUCUUUCCGUCUCAGGUCGCUGCUGCGAGAGGAGCCGCCGCCAUGUCUGCGCAUCUGCAAUGGAUGGUCGUGCGGAACUGCUCCAGUUUCCUGAUCAAGAGGAAUAAACAGACCUACAGCACUGAGCCCAAUAACUUGAAGGCCCGCAAUUCCUUCCGCUACAACGGACUGAUUCACCGCAAGACUGUGGGCGUGGAGCCGGCAGCCGACGGCAAAGGCGUCGUGGUGGUCAUUAAGCGAAGAUCCGGCCAGCGGAAGCCUGCCACCUCCUAUGUGCGGACCACCAUCAACAAGAAUGCUCGCGCCACGCUUAGCAGCAUCAGACACAUGAUCCGCAAGAACAAGUACCGCCCCGACCUGCGCAUGGACAUGCUGGCAUCUACUGUGUCAGGGCUCCGUUGCUCUGUGGCUGUGCAACCUUGGGCAACUUCCUCAACCUCUCUGUGUCUUCGUACCCUCAUCUGUAACAUGUGUGUCAGUAGACCCACUCAGGGUUGAUGAGAAGAUUAAAUGUGCAAAACCUG